UUGGCUAUUGUAGGUUAUUGGUUAUGUUCACAUACUUAUUUAAUUAUUAAAAUGUAAACCGAUCUUUUUCAUAUGGGUGUUUAGUAGGGAGGCACCGAAUAUUCGCCCACCGAAAAUUAUCGGCCGAAAAUGGUUAAAAAGGCCGAAAGGGUUUUAGCACCGAAAAAAUAUCACCGAAUGUCAGAACAGGCUUACGUUGGUAACCUAACGUGUUGUUGUGAUGACGUAAUAAAGACGCGGCGACCAUGCUCGCGGCUGGCUCACAGCCAACAUGUCUGCCGCUUGGAGAUACUUCACAAUAUCAGAGAAAGAGGCGCGGAUUGCGAUUUGCAAAACGUGUUCAGCUGACAUUUCUCGAGGGGGUGUAACUGCAAAGACUUUCAGCACUUCGGGAUUACUCCACCACUUGAAAUCUAAACACCCGGACAAAUAUGCGGAGUAUGAUGAAAUCACCAGCGCACAGAAAAAAAAAGUCCUUCCCAGCACCCCGACUCCUUCUGUGGCGGACCUUUUUGAAAAGGUAAAAAAGUUUCCCAGUGAUGGUCCUAAGGCAAAGGGCAUUACUCGGAAGUUAAUGGAAUGCAUCGCCAUGGAUGAUCAACCGUUUUCUGUCGUACAGGACGUUGGAUUUCGUAGGCUUAUUGAGCACAUUGAGCCACGUUAUUCCUUGCCUAGCAGACGACACUUAGCAGACGUGUGCUUACCUGAACUGUACAAUGUUGUUGCUAAUCACAUCCAUGAGCUCUUGGCUACAGAUAUUACAGCCAUCAGCUUCACGACAGACAUAUGGAGCUCAGACGUAAGCAUCACCAGUAUGCUCAGUCUAACUGCACAAUGGAUCGACAAGGAUUUUAAACUGCAAAAGAUUCUGCUGCAUUCGCAAGAGUUUAGGGGGUCUCAUACAGCACAAUCCAUCUCCUUGGCAUUCGCCAAUAUGUUCGACACAUGGCAUAUCGACCGACCUAAAGUGCACGCAAUAGUCAGUGAUAACGCAAGAAAUAUGACUAAAGCUAUAGAAGAAUGCAAUCUGAGUGGAAUACGCUGCAUGGCCCACACUCUGCAAUUAGCUGUGAACGAGGGAGUGUUGGCUCAACGCAGCGUAAAAGAUCUGUUGGCCAUAAGCAGAAAGAUUGUUGGUCACUUCAAACAUUCUCAACUGGCCUAUUCUCGCAUUGAGCCAAUACAAGAUGAGCUUGGAGUAACAACGAAACGGUUCCAACAAGAUGUGAGUACACGGUGGAACAGUACUUAUUAUAUGCUGGAAAGCCUCUUUGCUCAAAAGCGAACCUUGGCUACAUACAGCGCAGAUCAUGAUCUCCCCGCAUCAUUCACUCCAAACCAGUGGAUCUUAAUGGAGAACAUUCUCUCCAUUCUUGCCCCAUUCGAACAGCUAACUAGAGAGAUUAGCUCAUCUGACGCAUCGGUGGCAGACGUCAUCCCUUUACAUGCGGCUCUAAAGCGUCUUCUAAGGAAAGAGGUUGAAACGGACCGUGGAGUAAAAACUAUGAAAAGUACACUCUUGGAGUCUGUCAACACACGUUUUGCUGAUAUCUACUCUGAUCCCCUGUACUGUAUCGCGACUGUACUUGACCCGCGAUAUAAAGACAAUUAUUUUGAUGCGGGGAAAAAGCAAAGCGCACGAGACAUGAUCCAGGCUGUGUUGGAUAAGGAGAACCCACGAGAGGAGGCUGCUGCGCACAGCACAGGAGACGUGACGCAGACCACAGACAAAAGGGCUCGUCUGUCUACAGCAGAGGAGGAGAGGGGGCAACCACCCUCGUUGUCUGAUAUGUUCAACGAGAUCAUGGAAGAGAAUACUACCCCAAAUAGGCUGGUGACAAGCUCAACCGCUCAACAGUUAGAUGAUUAUCUCUCAGAAGUACCCAUCCCCAGAAGCGAGAACCCUCUUGGAUACUGGAGAAACAAACAAGACCGCUUUCCUGACCUGGCCAAGGUGGCACGCAAGUAUUUGAGUGCUCCAUGCACAAGCACUGACAGCGAGAGACUGUUCAGCGCUGCCUCUCAUGUGCUUGAUGAGAAGAGGAACAGACUUAUGGCUGAUAAAGCAGAGAAGCUACUGUUCAUUAAAAAGAACCUCCCACUUUUCCUUAAUAAGUAGACAAGGCUGGCUUAUCAUAGGCUUAUCAUAAGCUUAUCUAGUUCUACAUGUCUACUCUAUACCCACUUUCCUGAACAAUUUUUAUUGUGAGUUAUAAUUCACCAUCUCAGGUUAUCAUUAGGGGAAAUGACAGCAGCACAGUGUUCAAUAUAUUGUACUUUCGGUAUCUAAAUGAUACAAUGUUGUUUACAUUGCUCAUGAGGACAGACCACCUUAUUUGCAGAUUCUUGAAAUUGUAAUUUAAUUUGUAAUUGAUUGUGGAUUUUGUAUCCAGUUUUCACUCUAUGUAUCUUUAUACAAUGUUUACUACUUUGUUUAUGAGGCCUUAUUUACAGAUUCUUGAAAUUCAAUUGUAAUUUCAUUUGUAAAUACUAUAGUUACAUUCAUGUGGAUUUAUCCAGUUUGCACAUUUGUAUGCAUGCACUUAUAGGUGCAUUUGUUGUUGUUGAAGGCCUGGCUGUUACAGUCUUUAUUUACACUAUUUUGUUGUAGGCCUACUGGCCUAGAUGUUUAUGCAGUUUUAAAGCCCCUUGGCUUUGUUCUGAAUGCACUUUGUUGUAGUUAUCCUACAGAGAAAAUAAAUGUACUGUAUGCAUUCAAAAGUGCUGAAUAAAUGUUUUAUGGACCCAUAA